UUAUUGCUUUAGAAAAAUAACGAUAUCCGUUAAAACAUAGCAAUAUAACAUUGUGGGGGAUAUAUUUCCAAUAUUCUUUCUAGUUGAAAAUUGAAAUCGAGGGUUAGGCGGUCAGUAGCAAUAAUUAAAUCGAAGUGUAGAAACGAGUAAAAAUUCGAUAAAGUGCAAUAUAUCGUCAUACAAGACAAAAAAACAACAAACACGAGAAGAAAAACUUACAAAACACCCCGCACAUACACAAUAAAACAGAAUCAUGUCUGAUGCACAGAGCGAUAACCCAAUCUACGGACCCUUCUUCGGAGUCAUGGGAGCAGCCUCAGCCAUCAUUUUCAGUGCUCUGGGAGCCGCCUAUGGUACCGCUAAAUCAGGAACUGGUAUCGCUGCCAUGUCAGUGAUGCGACCAGAAUUGAUCAUGAAAUCUAUCAUUCCCGUUGUCAUGGCUGGUAUUAUUGCCAUUUACGGUUUGGUCGUAGCUGUCCUUAUUGCUGGUGCUUUGGAAGAGCCCUCAACUUACACACUGUACAAGGGUUUCAUUCAUUUGGGUGCCGGUUUGUCGGUAGGUUUCUCUGGUUUAGCGGCAGGUUUUGCGAUCGGUAUUGUUGGUGAUGCUGGUGUAAGAGGUACAGCACAGCAGCCGCGUCUCUUCGUCGGUAUGAUUUUGAUUCUCAUUUUCGCUGAAGUAUUGGGUCUGUACGGUCUUAUUGUUGCCAUUUACUUGUACACAAAAUAAAUUAAUUCAACAAUUAAAACCACAAAUCCAACAUCCACAUCAACUAAAAACAAAAAUAUGCAAAAAAAAUCAACCAACCAAACAAUCAUUAAAAAUGCAACAAGCAACAUCCAUCAAAGAAAUUUGUAAUAAUAUAAACGCAGCAACAACCAAACAAAGCCAAGGCGAGCAGGAUCAGCGACAAGUAUUAGAGUAAAAGUAGCUGGCAAACAAUGGUAAAAGCAGCAGCAACAGCAGCAGCAGCAGCAGAUCUCAAGCAGAGCCACAAGAAUUGCUUGUAAAAAAGCCAAAAUGAAAAUAAAGUUCUACGAAUGGCUGAUUUUUAGUAUUGAAAUAUUCAUAACGUCGAUGAAAGGAAGAGACAAACGAGUUGUUGCGAGACAGUAUUGCUUUACAAAAUGUCACAACAUUCUGUAUUUGCCUCGAGCCGCACACAAUUUCGUCUAUAUGUAUGUCUAUAUAUAUAUAUAACCCAGCUUUAUUCUAUUUAUGUUACGUUACUUUAUGAUUUUAAUUUAUUUUUUGGGGAACUAAGACCAUUAUCAACAAUCAAAACAAAAAAUUACAACAAUUUAUAUUUGUAUAUACAUAAAGUAACCAAGUGUUAAACUAAAAAGAAGUCUGGGUUUCUUUUUUCGCCGUGAUUGCAAUGGGAAUAAAGUAACUACGGAAAUGUUAUUUAUAUUUCAACACUUACACAACUGCGGUUGCACCGGAGAGCUAACGAUCGCAACAAACGUCGCUGCCAAUGUUUUUUUUGUUUUGUUUUUAGUUACCGUAUUUCGUAAAAAAAAAUAUUUUUGCUGUGAGUUUAAAAAUUGCUUCCUCUUGUUGUCACGUGUUUAUGCGUUUAUAUUACUAGCGAUUUUCUAAUUCGUUAAUGUUUUUUCUGAUAUUUCCUUUUUGUUUCUGUGUAAUUAUAAUUAUAAAUAUUUUUCAACAACGUUUAUUGUUGUUGUUUAAAGAAAAACUUGCGUAUUCAAAGUAGAAAAUGAAAACAUAAAUACUACAAACCAAAAGCAAAAGCAGUAAAAGUUAAAAAGCAAACGGGAAUGGAAUCAACCAACCAACCAACAAACUUAUUAAAUAAAAUGUACAUGUAAAUUUAAAUUUAAAAUUAAUAUUAAAUUUAAUUAAAUUUAAAUAAAGAAAACAAAGAAACAGUA